UUACAAGCGCCAGGUCAGAACAUUGAGUGCGGUACUGAGAGGCGCACACAUUGUUCCACGCUGAGUAAACAGAGUCAAACGCUGGUGUUUUUUUCACCGGGGAGGUCGCUUCUCCUACACGAAAGCCUGAACAAACACUUUUUUCACCAUUUUACAGUUUCCCCAGACAGGAGGCGAGUCCUGUGGCCAGCCGGGCAGAUUAAUUCAGGUGUGUCCUGGCUUAACUAUUAAACUAGACUGCGGGUGACCACACAUUCACUUGGGAGAAUGUCGAGAAAGGUCAUUUUUCUGCUGUCUCUGGCGCUUUCGUCGGCUCAGCAACUCUGCAAACCAGAUGUUUCAAAUGGUUACAAGGUUCGGCUUAGCCUUCAAACAGCUUUGGGAGACAAUACGUAUGUCUGGGACCAAAACGAAAUGUUCCUCUUCCGGGCCACGCUGGCUUACACCAUGAGGAAUCAUUUUGACGGCCAGGGCUUUCAAGUGGCCAACAUCAUUGUUUGUGAGGAGACGCCGCGAGUGUCUUUCUGGUUCGUGGUCACGUGGCCAAAUGACACAACCCAUUUGGUGGAUGGAGGCGAGGUGGAGCUGGCAAUCAGGAAGUCUCGGAACCGCAUCAACAACGCCUUCCUGUUGAGCGACCGUACUCUGGAGUUUGUGGGCAUCUCGCCCACUCUGGCGGUGCCCUACCAGCCCCCCACACCGCCGUGGCUCAUCGCCUUUGGGGUGGUCAUGGGCACCGUUGGCGCGGGAUUUGUCAUUCUCGUCAUCUCCUCGGCGAUGCAGAAGAGACGAAAGAAGAAGGAGAACGUGGAGGACGUCACAGAGGAUGAAGACGGUGACGUAGAGACACAGUCGCCCAAAUCGCUGAAGAACGGCAGCGUCCGACAGGACCCGACCGGCGUUUCCAACGUCGCCUUCUCCGACGAUGAGCGAGUCACACAAAUGUAAUUUCAAAAUUCCAAACACUUCAAUUUGAGGAAAAGAACAUCUACAAUACACCGCACACACGUCUUCAAGUUGAUCAACUGUUUAUUUUUUAAUCAUUGCGAACGUCUUCUUGAAUCUGUAUGCUUUUAGAUACAUUUGUGGGUACAAGUUCUAAAAUAAAUCCAAAUGUGAAGUACAAAA